AUGCCGAUCGUUCCUUGGCUUCAUUCACCCACAGUCCCUCCACACUGGAGAAUUCAAGGAUUAGAAUCCAUCUCCGUCUCCCUACCCGAGGGAAACUAUAAGGCGGACAGGAUCGAAUUGCAAGUACCGGUGUCUCAAAUGGAUAUCGACACGAGCCAUGGAACAGGAUCUCAGACUGCGUCCCGCCCCCCUACUCCGAUGACAAUCAACCCCAAAGGCGACUCGACUGGAAAGGAAUUCACACUUACGCCCGAACCUACAGUCAUAGUCGGCGAAAAGACCCCAGGAAACGAUGUUAGUGCAUUCGCAAGCCCGAGCAUGUCGGCAGAUGGGUAUGGAGAUAAGGAAGUUGCUAGGAGUCUCACGCGCGAACAGAAGAACAUUGCGUUAGGGCAAUUCCUCUCCCUAUGUUUGACGUUAUUCCUUGCUGGAUGGAACGAUGGAACGACGGGUCCUCUCUUACCACGUAUCCAAGAAGUUUAUAAGGACGCCCAAGCAAAUGGUUUUGUUGCCACCUUAACCCAGAACCCAGAGUCUAAAAUGGGUAUUUUACAUGCUGCAUAUGGUCUUGGGGCAUUCGCUUCGCCGUUGGUGGCGACUCAAUUCGCGCAACUUCAUAGAUGGUCUUUUCAUUUUUUGGUGUCCCUUGGACUUGCUAUCACCAAUACUGCUAUUUUGAUUAUGAUUUUCAAACUCAAACGACAAGAUGACUGCCUUAAGGAAGCGGGGGAGAUUAUUCCUGAAACAACAGCGGAAGAAAAAGAACAGAAUAAAAGCACUUUCAAAACAGUGAUGCGCACACAAGCAGUGCAUUUACUAGCUUUCUUUAUUCUUGUAUAUGUGGGCGUGGAAGUCACUAUAGGGGGUUGGAUCGUGACGUUUAUAAUCAACGUCAGAGGAGGUGGACCGUCAUCUGGUUAUAUCUCAUCAGGAUUUUUUGGAGGCAAGGUUAUUCUACUAUGGGUGAACAAAACGGUCGGGGAGCGGCGGGUCAUGUAUUUGUACUCUGCUAUUUGCCUUGGCCUCGAAUUUGUGAUUUGGUUUGUUCCAUCUCUUAUUGGGAACGCAGUGGCGGUAGCUAUCGUCGGUGUUUUCCUCGGGCCCAUGUAUCCCAUUGUCAUGAAUCAAACUUCACGCAUUCUACCACGGCACAUCUUGACAGGGUCCAUUGGGUGGAUUGCAGGUUUUGGACAAGCUGGCAGUGCUUUGUUCCCAUUCGUGACAGGGGCAAUCGCUGAAAAUCAUGGAAUAAAAAGUUUGCAGCCUUUGUUGGUUGCCAUGAUUGUCUUUAUGAUGUCAUUAUGGGCGCUUGUUCCAAGGUCGCCUUUGCGGCAGGAUUGA